AUGAUAAAUUUUGGAGAAGAAAAAAGACAAGUAAGGUUUCAAGUUGUUAAUAAUAAUUUUCCAAUACCUCAUGAUGGGAUUUUAGGUAAGGAGUUUUUAGAGGAUAACAAGAUAGCAAUUGAUUAUUCAAAAAAUGAGAUAACAUCAACACUUAAUGAAGACAAUUUUACAGUGGUAAAUCAAGACAUUCCGCAUGUAGAUAAUUUAGACAUUGCAGUAGUACCACCGAGAUCGGAAAUGAUCAUUCCAGUAAAAAUUACAGAUAAUCAAAUAAAGGAAAAUGAUACAGUGAUUAUAUAUUCACAAGUAUUGCAAAAUCGAGUUCAAUUUGGUAAUGUAAUUACUAAAGUGAAAAAUCGGCAGGUCUUAACAAAAAUUGUCAAUCAAAAUGAAAAUUCUAUUAAGUUACAGCCAGUAGAUUUGAAUAACUUAUUAUAUGAAAAAUUUGAAGAAGCGAACAUACAAGUGUGUACUAAAAUUAUAGGAAGUCGGAAUAAUGAAAAUAUAACGACAGAUUUUUUAGCAGAGUUACAACAAGUGAGAAUACAAUUAGAUUCAAGAGAGAACUUCGCUGAACAAGUCACAAUACAGAAUGUACAUAAGUUAAUGAAAAUGAGUAACUUACAAGUAAUAAGAGUAGCAGAUACAUUGAUAUUCAUAAUAGCCAUUCCGAUAGUCGAUACAAGGGAAUACCGCCUAUACAAAUCAAUACCAUUGCCUAUAAAACAGAAAAAGUCAGUAUAUGCGUUAAUUCAACCAACGAAUAAAUACUUGGCCGUGUCAGAGGAUAAUGUGUAUUCAAUAUACAUAGAUGACAUAGAGUUAAGCAAAUGCAUACAUAUGCAAGAAUAUUAUAUUUGUUCGAACACUCAGACGCACUAUAUUCAAGAAACGGACAAUUGUGAAGCGAAAUUAUUUAGUAGUCAGGAUAAAGAUGUAAUUCCAAAAGCAUGUGAAAUAAAAAUUACACGUAUUCAAAAAUUAGUGAUACACAAGUUAGAUAACGAAAAUGUUUGGUUGUACACGGAAGAACAACCAACGACAAUCAACAUUGAUUGUGCGAGUGGAGAGCCAGUGUUGCAAACCCUGCAAAACACAGGUACAAUCUCUCUCACGUAUCCGUGUCGUGCGAUAACAAAAGAGUAUGAGCUAACCCCCACCAGAUCAAUAGUAACGAAAACAUCGUAUGAUUUCAUUCCGAGAGUGAACAUAACGGCUAAUAUGAAACAAUAUCAAACUAAUAGGAUACAGGAUGAUUUUCCAAAAAUAAAUAAUUCAUAUUAUCCCGAUUUUCAUUCAUUAGCAAAUAACGCAAAACAAUUAGAUUUAUUAUUACAGUCACAAAUAGAUGAUACUAUAGAAUAUGUAACUGUAUCUAAUAUAACAUACGUAACAGUAGGAAUAGGUAUAGGUAUAUUAGUGUUAAUAAUUGUAAUAAGUAAGAUAAGUUUUAAACUGUAUAAACAAAAUAAAGUGUCAAUGAGUUAUAUAAAAGCAUUGGUCAAUACAAAAUCAGUAGACGACAUACAAUGCGUAGAAAUUAAGUAG